AUGACCGAGCAAGAAAAGCCCCCCUCCGCCACCUACGACGCCGGAUGCCACUGCGGCAACGUCAGCUUCUCCUUCACGCUGUCGCCCCCGCUCCCGGAGUACGAGGUCAUGAACUGCGGCUGCUCCAUCUGCCGCAGGGCCGGAUACCUGCUCGUCUACCCGACGUAUGAGAACUUGACCUGGCACAAGGGCUCCAAGGAGCGCUGCUCCGUUUACCAAUUUAACACCAAGACCAAGGAUCAGCUGUUCUGCCCCAAGUGCGGUGCGAGCAUCGGCAUCGACUUCAAGAACGCCACGCCGCAAAAGUACGGCAUCAGUGCUCGAACCAUCAACGAUAUCGACCUGCAUUCAUUGAAGUACAAAGUGAUGGAUGGGGUGAAGCUCAUGGCCCCUCACACCGAUCUAUCUGGCGUAGAAUGCAAAGAAUGA